CAACUCAACUCAAAUAAAUUUUUCCUUUCUAAGGGUUUUGUGGUUCAUAUUUCUGCAUCGGCAUAUUCUCUGGUUCUUCCUCUGUGAUCUUCUUCUCCCUAUCUGUUUUUCGCCGCCUCAACCCCAAACCCUAACCAUGCCUCGCCGCAGCUCCGGUGGAAGAUCUUCUCGGCCAGCACCUCGCCCAGCUGCAGCUCGUAACCCCCCUCCGCAACCAGCUCACCAUGCUCCUCCUCCAGCUCCCAUGCAGAGCAGCGGCGGUGUGUCUAUGCUUGGGGGCAUUGGUUCAACCAUUGCUCAGGGCAUGGCUUUUGGAACUGGUAGUGCUGUAGCACACAGGGCUGUGGAUGCUGUGUUGGGUCCCCGUACUGUUCAACAUGAAACGGUUGUCACUGAGGGUGCUGCUGCUGCCCCUGCACCGACUGCGAAUACUUUGGUGGUGGCCUGUGGUGUUCACACGAAGGCUUUCCAAGAUUGCCUGAACAGCUACGGGAAUGACAUUAGCAAGUGCCAAUUCUACAUGGAUAUGCUAGCAGAGUGCCGGAAGAACUCUGGAGCCUCAUUGAGUGCUUGAGCCAUUCUUCAUCUGCUCUCUACCCUUCUGCAAUAGAAUUAUCUCAGCCAUGAGUCUGCGUCAGUGUCAGUCCUUGUCUGUCUCUGAUGGUUAAGAUCGUUCAUGUGUAGUUGCGGGCUUCAUUUAAAUAAAGCCUUUUAUGGAAGAAGCUGAAAAGAACUCUUGCAUGAACCAUCAGUAUCAAUUUGUUGCUGUUUUGAUCAUUGGAUGUCAUAAUUGGUCUAUUUGGUCUACUUUGUAUUUGGAUCUAUUGAUGGUUGCUAUAUACUGAAUUGGAGCGAAACAAGUUUCUCUGUUUAAACAUUUAUCACAUAAAGCUAUGAAACUAGGUACAAUCUUUGCUAGCUA